UAUUCCCCGCGAGCUGACAAAUGGGUUUUUAUUUUUUUGCCAAAUUCCUGGAAACAUCAAACAAAUUGGCAUCGAGUCUGAAAAAUCGCUUCUGUUUUGAUUACGUGUCGAAACGCUAAACUUCAAACGCAGCUCGCGGGGAUUGGAGCGACAUCGAUGAGUGGCAAGGAAAAUAAACAAGUGAGCCCACAUAGGAAGCCUCAGGGAAAGGGCUUCGUACUCGUACAUGUACAUGUACAUGAUAUGAGCGAAGCGAAUCCACUCACACCAUCCAUAAUGUAAACAAAUCGCAGGCCAAUAAAUAUGGUGACCGAAGCCCCAAGCUCCGACAUCGAAGACAGUUUGCUCCAGACCAGCGAAGAAUCUGUAUGCCAAAUUGAAAUCACAGCCAUGGAUGGUCUACAAUAUGCGGUCGAGUUUGCCCACGAUGAUAACCUACUGGGUAGCAGGCCAUCGAAUGUGUCGCAGCUCUCGGAAUUUCUGGCCAUGCUCACCCUUAACGCAGCCGAGGAACGCCAGGAUGAUGGCCAAAACUUUCAUGACAAACUAUUACAAUUCAAACGGGAAGCCGAUUUGCUGGCAACCAAAUUUGAUUCGCCCGAUUAUUAUACCCAAAAGGAGGAAUUAAUCUUCAAGGUCGUGUGCGAACUGCGGGGCAUUGACCACGAGAAGUGGCUCCUGGAUGAAAUGGGACUCAUGGAUGAGGCUGCAUUUGGCGAUUUUCUGCGGGAUGCGUUCGUUUGCAAUGGAGAUUGAGUAACAGCUCAUCGUUUGAUUCAUUGUAAUAAACAUUUGCAUUUUGGAAUCAAUUAACUUCAACCAACAAAUAAAUCUUGAAAUGAAAUCAGCA